AUGGAGGCGGCGGUGGCUAAUGGGCCAAAGAAACAAGAGAAAACUGCCGGAGGAAUCGAUGGGCCGACUAAUCCAAUGGUCACACCCUUGCUCACGGAUCUCUAUCAGUUUACCAUGGCCUAUGCUUACUGGAAAGCUGGCAAGCACACUGAGCGUGCCGUGUUUGAUUUGUAUUUCCGAAAGAACCCCUUUGGUGGUGAAUUCACUGUUUUUGCUGGUCUUGAAGAGUGCAUAAAAUUAAUUGCCAACUUUAGAUUUACAGAGGAUGAGAUUGCUUUCAUCAAAGCAUCCUUGCCUCCGACAUGUGAGGAUGGAUUCUAUGACUAUCUUCGAGGAACAGAUUGUUCUGAUGUGGAGAUACAUGCUAUAUCUGAAGGAUUUGUUGUAUUUCCAAAGAUACCAUUGAUGAGGAUCGAAGGGCCAAUAGCUGUGGUUCAACUGCUUGAAACCCCACUAAUAAAUCUGAUAAAUUAUGCAUCAUUGGUUGCUACAAAUGCUGCAAGGCAUCGUUUUGUUGCUGGGAAGUCCAAACUUCUUCUUGAAUUUGGGCUACGACGAGCACAGGGCCCUGAUGGUGGUAUAGGGGCAUCAAAGUACUGCUACAUGGGUGGAUUUGACGCAACAAGCAAUGUCGCUGCUGGGAAAUUAUUUGGAAUCCCACUCCGUGGAACACAUUCACAUGCCUUUGUCAGCUCAUUUAUGAGUCCAGAUGAGAUCAUUGACAAGUCGCUUCAAAGUUGUGAUGGCUCAAAUGCUUGUGAGGAUUUUGUUAGUUCGGUGCAACUAUGGUUAAGCAAAUUAAAGCGGUCACAUUUAUUAGGUGGAAUAUUUGGAGAAACGAAUCAAAGUGAGUUAGCUGCUUUCAUCUCAUAUGCACUUGCCUUUCCUAAUGCCUUUUUGGCCCUUGUAGACACAUAUGAUGUCAUGAGAAGUGGCAUUCCUAAUUUUUGUGCAGUUGCUCUGGCUCUAAAUGAUUUUGGGUACAAAGCAGUAGGUAUUAGAUUAGACUCUGGUGAUCUUGCCUAUCUUUCAAGCGAGACCCGAAAAUUCUUUCAGGCUAUUGAGAAGGAAUUCAAAGUGCCUGACUUUGGGAACUUGAACAUCACAGCUAGUAAUGACCUCAAUGAAGAAACAAUAGAUGCUUUAAACAAACAGGGUCAUGAAGUUGAUGCAUUUGGAAUUGGAACUCAUUUGGUUACAUGCUAUGCUCAACCUGCUCUUGGUGUUGUUUUUAAGUUAGUCGAGAUAAAUAAUCAGCCUCGCAUCAAACUGUCUGAAGAUGUUUCAAAGGUCUCUAUUCCAUGUAAAAAAAGGUGUUAUAGAUUAUAUGGAAAGGAAGGUUACCCUCUUGUAGACAUAAUGACAGGAGAAAAUGAACCACCUCCAAAGGUAGGGGAACGAAUUUUGUGUCGCCAUCCAUUUAAUGAAUCUAAGAGGGCAUAUGUGGUUCCACAGUGUGUUGAGGAACUUCUGAAAUGUUAUUGGACUGGUAGAUCAGGAAAAGACAGAGAAGAGUUGCCACCCAUUAAACUCAUCAGAGAACGCUGUAUUAAACAACUGGGCCAGAUGAGGCCUGAUCACAUGAGAAGGUUGAACCCAACACCUUACAAGGUUAGCGUGAGUGCAAAGUUGUACGACUUCAUUCAUUUCUUGUGGCUCAACGAAGCACCUGUUGGAGAGUUGCAGUAA